CAAAACAUAAACAAUAAACAGAAACGUUUUUAGAUUUUUUAGUUCUAGUUAAAUUCUUUAAAAAAUAAAAUAUGCCAAAAGUUGUAUCCCGUAGUAUAGUUUGUUCAGAUUCUAAAGAUCAAGAAGAAUAUAACGAUGAAACGCCCUUGAAUAUUUACUAUUGUUUGUGCGGUAAAUUGGCAUUGAUUUUGGAUUGUUCCAUAGAAAAAUUACCGCUGAGAAGAACAGAUGGAGCUCGUGUAAUAGAUGGAAAACAUCAUGCCCAUAAAUUAACUUAUCAAGAUGGUGAAACUAUUUAUAUACGACGCAAGGAGAAGGGCAUUGAAAAACAAUAUCGUUAUAAUUGCAAAUCUUGUAAUUUACCCAUAUAUUACCGUCACGAACCCAAAUCUGAUAUAACCUUCAUAAUACAUCAUGCCUUGGUUAAGACCAAAAAUGAUAUACACUUAAAUUUGGAAUCUGCAACGUCUACGACCAAAAAACUAUUGCCUGGUGAAUCGGAAAAGGUUAUGGUUACACGUCACACUAAAAAUAUGGGUAAAUUUAGUUCGGUUACUGUUUCUACCAUAGACGAAGAAGAGGAUGAAAUUGAAGCGCGUGAAAUUGCCGAUAGCUAUGCGAAUAAUGCUCGUAUUAUUGAAAAGCAAUUACAGCGCAAAGGUGGCAAACUGGUAGAUGUUGGAGCGAAAGCAAAACAAGAUGAGGGACCGCCAGGCAAGAAAUCUAGAGGAACUUUGUUGGAUAUUUAAUAAAAAAAUGUUUUAUAUAAAAAAA